GUCUUGGUGUCGCAAUCUCCUGUCUUCAUCUGCUCGUCAGCUGCAAUUGAACAGGGGUCCACCAUGACGGACAAGCUACCACCCCCUCUCCUGGCUCUCUUCCAGCCCCGGCCACCCCUUCGCUAUCUUCCUCCAACCGACCGCGCUCCAGAGGACGUCAAGAAGAGCACCAUUUCCGGCGUGGCCCAGUUUCUCCCAGCAGCCCAAGACUUUAAAGAAGAAGCACCAUACAAUGCCACAGACUGCUGGCUGCAGCGCAAAGCGCGCCAAAAGGUGGAGAAGAAGGAGCGGUUGGCCAACCAGUUGACCCAAGGCCUGCAGGACUAUACACCCGACAAGGAUCCACAGGCUAGAGGCGACCCGUACAGGACUCUCUUUGUUGCACGACUUAGCUAUGAUGUGAAGGAAUCUGACCUGGAGCGCGAGUUUGGCCGCUUUGGUCCCAUUGAAAGAAUUCGCAUCGUCGCGGAUCCCGAGUCAACCAAGAAAGCUCAUCGGGGCUAUGCGUUCAUUGUAUACGAGCGCGAAAAGGACAUGAAAGCGGCCUACAAAGAAACAGAUGGAAUCCGGAUCAAAGACCGACGAGUUCUGGUAGAUGUGGAGCGUGGCCGUACUACCAAAGGGUGGAAGCCCCGUCGCUUUGGCGGCGGUCUUGGUGGACGUGGAUACACCAAGGCACUACCAUCACGCCCCAUCGGGCCUGGAUUCAACGCACCAUCUGGACCGGGUGGCUUCGGUGGCGGUUUCCGGGGAGGUUUCGGCGGCAGAGGCUUCCGUGGAGGAUAUCGUGGCGGCGACCGCUUUGGUCCUCGCGGGGGAAUCGGAUACCAGGGUGGCCGCAAUGGCUUUGGUGGACCGCCCCCUAAUGCCCCCUCAGGUCCUGGCGGUGGACGCAGUGGAGGAUUCGGAGGUUCUUACGGUGGUGGAGGCAGAUAUGACCGCGGGGUCACAGGCAGCAACCGGGAGCCUGUGCGACCGCGUGAGGGCUACUCUGACCGUGACCGUCGUGACCAUGACCGCGACCGCGAAGGUGACCGUCACAGGGACCGCGACCGCAUGUCAGACCGAAACGGAGACCGCUACCGAGACCGCGAUCGCGACCGAUACGGUGGUCGGGAGGAGUAUAGCCGCAAGAGACAUCGUGAGGAUGAUGGAUACGACGACCCUCGUUCCCGGAGAAGAUACUAA